AUGGCGAGCGCCGAAGCGGGACCCUCUUCGAGCAGCACGGCUGGCAGCAGACGGCUCCACCAGCUGCUGGUCGCAGGCUCAAACGCACGCAGCCAGCUGGGCCUGGGCCACGACGAGGACGCGCACGUCUUCAAGCCGGCGCUCUGUCUGCCGGCCGAAUCAGAGCAGCCCAUCGCAUUUCCGCCUCCUGGACACUUCAUCGCCGCGCUCGCAAGCGGAGCGAACCAUGCCAUCGCCAUCGUGGCUUGCUCAAGCGAUCCGUCGCAGCGCCAGGUGUGGGCCAGCGGCAGCAAUGCCGAGGCGCAGCUCGGCUCGACGAUCAGUCGCGACUCGUUGCUGCACUGGACACAGCUUGACCUCUCGAGCGAGCCAGCGGCCCAGCAGCAUCUGCAUUGCACCAGCUGGAGGCCAACCCUCGUGGCUUGCGGCUGGAACGCCUCUUUCAUCGCUCUGGCGGGCACAGACGGCGAGGAUGAUCAGCUGCUUUCACUCGGCAGCUCGAACGACUUCGGCGAGCUCGGCUGCGGCAAGAAUCCGGCAGAACAGGCAGUGCCAAGCCGCCUCCUGUCGCUGUCCAACGGCGAGAGCAGCUCCUCUUCGCGGCGGGCACCACUGCGUAUCCGACGUCUUGCCUCGGGAGUGCGUCACACCUGCGCACUCGUGUCGCGAAGCGAGCCAGACCACGACGUGUGGCAGCUCUUUGGCUGGGGAGCUGCACGCCGCGGACAGAUCGGCGCGCCUUCUAGCACGGAUCAGACUGGAAAACGAGCAGAAAGCGUGCGUUGGCUGCCCGAGUGCUUCGCCACGUGGCAUGUUCCCCGGCCAUCUUCAAGCGAGCCUGCAUCGCGCGACAGCGAGGAGGCUGCCGUCUUUCUCGCGGCGGGCAAGGAGCACACGAUGCUGGCGCACCCUUCUGACUGGCGGCCCGUGCCAGAGCGACUUUGCGCUCAAGCGUCUCAUGCUUUCAGCGUCGAGACAUGGGGCUCUCCCUCGAAGGGCACAUGCGACCUCUCGUCCUACAUGGCAUCGCCGACUGCAACGCAAGAGCAGCACGCGCAGCUUCUCGGCGCCGACUGUACCUGGAACGGCACGUUCGCGUGCCUCGGCUCACCGUUCGGCUCGCUCACUGUGCUCAGCUGCGGUAAGAACGACAAGGGCCAAUCUGGAGCUGGCUAUUUCGGCGAUGAGCCCGAGCAGCCCUCCGCGUCUACGCAAGCCAACGAGAUGCGUCGAACCCGGCCAGAUGGUACUCCCGGCCUGGUACGGCGCGCCUCUCUGCGCCAAGCUGCGUCGGAGCACGCACAGUGCAAGCUGGUGUGCGGCAGCGAGCACGUGGUGCUCUUCGCGCCGGACACUGCGCACGCCAUCUGGGCAUGGGGGUGGAACGAGCAUGGCAAUCUCGGCACCGGCAGUGCGGAGGGCGAGGCAGAACUGCACGACGAGUGCUCGCCGCGCGAGAUCUGGACGCCGAGGCACGCCGGUACACGGGUGCAGAACGUGUGGGCGGGCUGCGGCACGACUUUCGUUCAAAUCAUCGAAGCUGAGCUCUAG